CGGGUGAAUGAAACACGCACAUCUGAGUUUGCUGGGAGGCGAGAUUACGUCAUCUGGGAAGACGCUGGUUUUCAGCUCGGGAUCAGCCUACUAGUAACUCAUGGGAAGUUGUUUCUCCACUAAAAACCUAUUUUAAAAACUUUUACGAAAGCUUUUGUUAAACAUUCCUCGGCUCGUUUUUUUUUUUGUUUUGGUUUUUGUUUUUGUUAAAUCACAGCUAAACGAUGUCGUUUGUCCCCGGUCAACCAGUGACUGCAGUUGUGCAAAGAAUUGAAAUCCAGAAGCUGCGCGAAGGAGAAAACCUGAUUCUGGGCUUCAGCAUCGGAGGCGGUAUCGACCAGGACCCCGGGCAGAACCCCUUCUCUGAGGACAAGUCAGAUAAGGGAAUCUAUGUGACCAGGAUAACUCCAGGAGGACCAGCAGAAGUUGCAGGGUUGAGGAUAGGAGACAAAAUCAUGCAGGUGAACGGCUGGGAUAUGACCAUGGUGACUCACGACCAGGCUCGUAAAAAGCUGACAAAGAAGAGGGAAGACGUGGUCAGGCUACUGAUAACCAGGAAGUCCCUGGAAGAAGCGGUUAAACAUUCAAAGGGGAGUCAUCCCAGACAGUGAUCUGCCUGCACAGACCAAUGCGAGGACAGCAAAGGACCGGGUAGUUUUUACAAACGCUGCAGACGUCUCCAAAUGCAGCUGCCCUGUGGCCCGUAAAGCUACAUCAAUGCAAAGAAAACAAAACAGAUUCAAGUCCAUCCAUUUAACGUUUGGAGACUUAUUGAGUUAUCUGAGGCUCGAGUGUAAUCCCAAUUGCUAUAAACUUAUUAGCUUUCCCUUUAAGAUCUAUUCCUACUUUUUGUAGCUCAGUAAUGAAAUCACCUGAACAGUGAAGUGAGUUUGAUCUUCACACUACAGCACACGAAUGUAAUUCCAGGUUUACCUUUUGUAACUUUUGACCACUGGCAGAACAAAUACAAAGAAAUGUUGAUUGUGUUGAUGAGUGUUAAACAAAAUGAUUCCUUCAUGUUGAUUUAGCUGAUGUUUGUUAAAUUAAUCUCGGUAGCAUUCAGAUACCGGAUACUGCAACUAAAUCGUAUUGAUCACACUUAACGAUCAGUUUUCCUCUUAUCUAAAGCAAAGAACCAAUAUUCUGCUAUCCAGAAUAAACGCCAAAGUUAAAGCCAAAAUGCAGGAUUUAUGAUAUUUUUUUCCCCUUUUAACUGAUAGAGUAUGCUGUGUAAGUAUCAUGGUUUAUUAUUAUUUACUGGUCAUUUUCUUGCUUUGAGUCGAUAAACUUUUUACAUCUGAUUAAAGAGACUGAAAAUCUAAAACGAGUUGUUUACACAAACAGUAUUUUUAAUACAUAUAUAUUUGGAUGGCACCAGUCAUGGUUUUUCAGUAAUUUAUUGUAUACAUUUUCCAUCUGCCUUGACAUUUAUCAGGUUAAGAAUUGAGAAUCGUUCUCAUAUUUUUAUUCAUUAGUUUCUGGACAGGAAAAAGUGCAGAGAGAGAAGGGGAACACAUGCAACGGGAAUCAAACCGGGGACUUUAGUCCCCCUGCUCUAAGAAUGAACUAUGUGUUUUAUCAGAAAUGUUUCCCACUGAAACUGGCUUUGUACAGCUAAAAUCAAAUCAAGAAAUGUUUUUAAACGCAAAAACAAGUUCAAUAUAUUAAACUAGCACCUAAAACAAA